AGCAACCACAAUGCUGAUGCGGCCCUCAGUGAAAUUGACUUUGACACCCCUGACUUAAGUGAUAGGAAAGAGAGGAGUGAUGGUACACAUAUGCUAUAAUAGCACUAUACCUGCUGGAAUUGAUCUGGAGCUAAGCAAGACUAGAUCUGGUUAGAACCUGGAUAGGAGGCCACCAAGCAACAUUUCGUUUGUAGGUUAGACUGGGAAGAAACCAAUCAACAACAACAACAACAACAAAAAUCUGCCUGGAAGUUAGCAAUGGCCAACCGCUUCCAUACUCCUGCUAAGAAAAUACAAUAUACUAAGAUUUAAGUUUGAUUUGAAGGAGUUGUCUUUUUAAUUUGAUUUGGAGUUCAUUUUUAUGGUGGAUCAUGGAUGUCUACAAAGAAGAAGGUUGAAAAAGUCAACAUGAGGACUGUAACCAUAUGAUGAAAGCUCCAGCUUUUUUUACAUGGGUCAUUUGAAUUUUUGGAUCCCUGUGGACAACCCUGUCCUGGGCCCAUCUGCAUCUUUCCUGCGACUCCACUGAUUUCCUCUCUCCCUAUUUAUCUCUCUACCCUUGGCAUUAGAAAAAUUGUCUCUGCCUUUCAUUCAGUUUUCACUCUCUUCAACAGGAGAAGGAGAUCUACCCAGCCUCUGUUCCCAAUGCCAGCCCAAGCUGCAGGAAAGCCCAUCUCAGCUGUUGCCGGCCCUUCUCCUAAGCACAGUUCCAUGUUGCAAGCAUGAAGAGCAGACCUGUCUGCAGGUCUACGUGGCCUUGAACUCUACAGUGGCAGAUGCAGUUUGACAGUUUCCAGGUGGCCAGUGGAGAGCAGGUACACGUCUCAGUGAAGACCAUUCCUCCUGGGAUGCUCAAACUCAACCAAAGCUAUGCAGUCACUGACAACCAACCAGGACCUGAGUUCCGCUACAGAUGGGUACCAGCUGCCCGGGCUAUUGAGGUGUCUGCUUCCAAGGCCGUCACUGUGCGCCUCUGCCAUCAGCUGAUGCUGGAAUGCACAGAACUGCACCAAUCUUUCCAUCAGCAGGUAUUGGUUUCCAAACAUCGCCCUGCAGUGUUGCAGUAUGAGUUCCUUCUUCCUUGUCUGUGCAUAGAGGCAUCGCAUAACUACAGAGACAGCUUACGCAAGAUUGUGUGUCCAUUCCAGUAUCAGCCAGAAGCCUAUGCUGCAGAUCUCUGGUCCUCAGCGUGCUUCCAUGACUUCAGUUCCAGUGACAGGACCGAAAUGGCCGUGUCUUUGAGUGGACGCUGCUUCUUUCAGCCCACUGUCUCACUUUGCUGGAAGGAAAACUCUGCUCCAGAGGCAACCUGCCAAGAUAUCCCCAAUUCCACCAUCCCUGAAGCCAGCAAGGCUUCUAUGCCGUUCCAGGGUGAAGACACCGAGAGUCUUACACUUCCUAUCGCAGCGUACAUCAUUAAAAGCGUAGAUGUGAAUCCACAGCUUUGCUUCAAGUUUUCUUACAUGAACAGCAGCCACACUGAGUGCCCACGCCAGACAGAUACUACCUGGAAUGUCUCUCUCAGUGAGAAAUUCCUGCAGCUUCACUUAAACUUCCGUUCUCGCACACCAGCUUCCUUUAGUUCAGCCUUAUGCCAGCCGAUAUCUUCAAGCCACUGCAGACCUGAACCAUCUGUCUAUACCAUCUCCCAUACGGGAGGAUCUGCCUUGGGUGAACUGAACCUCAUUCUUCCUUGGACAGCCCUGACAAGUUGUGUACUGGUGUGGCGUUCUGAUGUACAGUUUGCUGGCAAGCGACUCCUGUGUCCAGAUGUUUCUCAACGACGCUGGGGGUUGCUGGUCUUUGCUGUAGUUUUGGGCCUGGGAUUGCUGGCUUUGGCGAUUUUCCUGAUUCACUGGAAUAUGCACAAACUCCGUAGAGAUGCGCCCGGCCGGCACCAUUCUUGUCCCAUCCUGCUGAUCUAUUCUCCUGAUUCAGAGGAACACACACAGUUGGUCUGCUCCUUUGCUGCAUUGUUGAGGUCGGCGCUGGGCUGCCCUGUGCUAUUGGACCUCUGGGAGUUGGGCCAUGUGGGACGACUUGGCAUCUUGCCCUGGGUGUAUGCCCAACGGGAACUCGUGGGUCGCAAGCAGGGCCAGGUGCUACUGCUGUGGAGUGCGGGCAGUGCCCGCGCUUAUGGACUCUGGCAAGGAGAGGCAAGUAGCCAUGGUAGGAAAGCUCCAGAGCCCUAUGACCUCUUUGGGGCAGCCAUGGCCUGUCUACAAAGUGAACUUCAGGGUGUGUCUGGAACAGUCCAGCGAUGUGACUGGAUCAUUGCCUAUUUCAAUAAACUGUGCGACCGGCGGGAUAUUCCACGUGCUCUGCGCCUUCUUCCCCGUUACCGCCUGCCUCAGGACCUGCCAGACCUGGUUGGGGUCCUGCAGGGCAACUCCAGCUCAGGACCCAGCUGGCUCCAUGCUAGCGCCAAGGCCCUUGUUUGCCACCUGCUCAAAGCCGAGAAGAAGAGGAGCUCACGGAAGCAGCGGAAUCAACCAUGGAGCAAGAACGUCAAGAGACUGGAGGAAUCCCUGUUCCCCCUCGCUCAACUCAAGGUGCACAGGCCAAGCUGCACUUGAGGGCUGUGGACUGAGGGUGUAUUGCAAAAUGGGAUCGAUCCCACUGGUUAUCUGUAGGCAGAAGGUAGUCCUUGGGCCUCAGAAGGAUUGGCUUCCUUAUGAUGCCUGUGAAAUGGCAUCUGUAAUGGCAUCUUGGCUGGUAAUGCCACUGCCAAAAAUACAAAGGAAGGGGUCCAAGCUCAGCUAAACGUGUAAAGCAGAGAGAUUACUCUGGCUGCCAGAGAGCCCCCUCCAUCACCUGAUGGUCAUGGCAUCUGUUGCCAUAGAGAUGAUAGGGUACUGCAAAGAGGCGGUCAUGUUGCCUUGCUGUCGAAAGCAGGGUUGGUGCAAUAUGAAUGUUGUGGGCAGGUGUGUGUGUAUGAUUCACAGGUGCUGCUUCCUAGCCAGUUCCUCCUGGAGGAUGGUAAGCUGGUCAAAAAGCAGCCAGGUUAGGCCCAGGGAAGAGGAUCUUGCUGCAAGCUAGAUGGACUAAAUGGAGAGACUGAAUUCUUGCUUUGUUCACCAUCCAUCACUUCAGGACUCUAACCCACAGAAGGUGGAGAACAUCUCUGACACCUUUCAGAAUGUUUCCCCCCCCCCAAAAAAAACAUGGGUCCUUAACAUUUCUACUAGUGGAAACACAAAGACCAGCACGAAAUCCGAAGAUAGUGAUCUCCUAGAUCAGUGGUUUUUAACCUUUUUAAAUGCCGCGACCCCCAACCGGUCAUAAGUCGAGGACUACUCAACCGGUCGUAAGUCGAGGACUACUCAACUGGUGCAGCACCGUUUGCAAAAUGGGA